UCUGCUAUUAGAACCAUGCAGCUCACAAAGGAAAACAUUCUGCAGAGGAGUAAUACACUGUUCUUAAAAGAUUGUGCAUUGCUCCAAAGAAACUAAGGGUGUUUCCAAUCGGAGUGUAUAUUCAGAAUCCUCUGUGGACUUUGAUUGCUACUUCAGUAUAGGCAAGACAGCUAAUGUUGAAUAUGUUACCUUUAGUUAGACAAACAUGUUUUAAUACACAUGCAUUGGGGAAGAUACUUUCUUCAGGACUGACAACUCUGGAGAAUGAAGUUCUCUCUAGCUACAGAUCAGGUACAGUGAAGGUAGUGGCAGAUCAAGCUUACUGGCAAUGUACCUAAGCCCUGACCUGGACAGACCACCUUGGAAAUAUGAUAGAGUUCUCUCUUUGAAUUUGUUCGCUCUUUGGCUUCUCUGCCAAGUUUGAAAAUGGAACCGGUUGGCCCACUUGUUGACAAAGGUAUUUUUUCGUGAUUGGGCAUGCCUCUCCACCGAAAACUUGACUGAGAUCCAGCAACUCACUUCACGCAUGCCACCAGACAGUAACCCCUUUAAUUCACUACUGGCUUGGGGUUGGAUUGGAACUGUUAACCUACAGAUGAAAGGCCCUAAAUCCUUUUACCAGACCCACAGCCAUUUACAUUUUUUUUUAAUAAACAAAAUUGUAGAAUAACCCAGACCAAUACACAGAGAUGAUGAUGAUAAACACUGUCACCCCCUCAAGGAAAUCUGUAGCCCCAAGGUUUUUUGUUUUCAAUCUCAUUUGCUGGUCCAGUAACCAGGUAUCCAAUUAUCUACCUUGUCCGUCAAUGGUUUGAGCAUCGGUAUGGCUAUGAACAUUUUGUCUUUGUUCAUUAGAGUGAAAUAUAUUGUGGUUCAGAUUGCUGAGUGCUCCCGGCCGUAUGGAACUCUUUACCUUUGAGUCAUGGCAGUAAGAACCUCUCAACAUGCCAUUGAUUUGACUUUGUAACUUAGUUCAGAGUCAUAGCUAAAGGAAGUGGGCUAGAAUCUUAGCUGUGCUUCUGCCAAAUUUCUAGAUCUCAAGGGAAACAUCAUUGAUCGUAUACCUUUAAAAAAAUGUUUAAUCUCAAUUUAACCCAUUUCUUCUUUUAAAGUGCUUUGUGGAAUACAAAUUGCACCCUGGCUGCAUAUGCCAUAUGGGGGGGAAACGUUUAUGUUUCAGAGUAAAUUGUUUAUAAUGAUCCAGGGAGCCUGAGUUUUACAUCUUUGUCUUCUGUGAAGCUACCAUCUGUUCAUUCUUUCACCCACUCUGUUGUUGUUCUGUAUGAGAAAAUAAAGAAUAAACACUGAAUUUCUGCCUAGGGCUUCCCUUUAAAGGGGCAUGCUACAGAUGGUUUAGGUUUUUGCUAAACAAAAAUGAUCAUAUUUCAAAACCUAAUAAAAUACAUGAUUUUGGGAUUGUUUAUUCAUUUAAUUUAAAACCGGCUUUUUAAAUAAUUCAGCCGUUCACCUGCAGAAUUGGCAGCCCAAACAUUGCAGCAGGAUUUUCAGCCCAACCAUAGCUACAGUGCAAUCCGGGCAUAAGAAACUGAAAGUGACCCAGCUAAGUGAAAUUUAAAAAGAAAACCACAUAAAUGGUAAAAGAGUAACGUCAACAACAGAAGUUACCCGUACCCUAGGUGAAGUAAUAGACUUCCAUGGUGGCUUGAAUUAAAGCCCUUAUCCUGCAGUUGGAUUUCGGUGGGUGCAAAGUUCUGCCCAUGUGGAUCCAAUUGCAGGAUUGGUACUUACAUUCUCUGUGUUUUACUGUGCCUGGGUCUCUCAGAUGGUGCCUUCAAACCUGAGGCUGUCUCUAUUCAGUAUGAAAGAUCCGGUGAUGAUUUUUAUAGGAUUAUGAGUUUGCCCUGUGUCCUAACUUUGAAAAUUUCCCUUUUCUCUGCUUGCCUCCUUACCCCUAUUUGUGCGUGCUAGCUGUUUGGUUCCCUCCACUCUAGAGAUGGCUGCAUUUUAGUGCUAGCGAGCUCAGGAGCAUGAUUCUCUGGACACUUGUCUUUGCUGUUUAAAUGCUGAUGUGACAAUUAAAGUAGCUAUCUGAAGGACACCACCAAACUCACUUUUCACAGAGUCCCUGGCAGGGGACAUUCUCCAGGGAGACAAGAUGAAUAUCAAAGCAGUCAAAGUUCUGUGUCUGCUGGGGGUCUUUUUCCUCAUGCUGCUUGGGUCCCUCCUGCCCGUCAAGAUAAUAGAAGCGGAUUAUGAGAAAGCUCAUCGCUCCAGAAAGCUCAUUGCCCUCUGCAAUUCCUUCGGAGGAGGGGUCUUCCUGGCCACCUGCUUCAACGCCUUGCUCCCCGCUGUACGAGAAAAGCUUCAAGAAGUUCUCAAGCUUGGGAAGGUGACCACAGACUACCCCCUGGCCGAGACCAUCAUGCUGGUGGGCUUCUUUAUGACUGUCUUUGUGGAGCAGCUCAUCCUGACCUUUCGGAAGGAGAAGCCUUCCUUCAUCGACCUGGAGACCUUCAACGCCGGCUCAGACGUCGGGAGCGACUCGGAAUAUGAGAGCCCCUUCAUAGCCUCUUCCAGAGGGCGCACGCUUUACCAGCAGCAUAGCCACCACUCCCACAGCCACGGCUUGAGUGUCCAGGAGCUUUCCCAAUCCAGCCCCUUGCGGCUCUUCAGCCUGGUGUUUGCCUUGUCUGCCCACUCCAUCUUUGAGGGCCUGGCCCUGGGCCUCCAGGAGGAAGGAAACAAAGUCAUGAGUCUGUUCCUGGGCGUGGCCAUCCACGAGACGCUGGUGGCUGUGGCACUGGGCAUCAGCAUGGCCAAGAUCUCAUUAACACUGAAGGACGCCGCCAAGCUAGCACUUACGGUGAGUUUGAUGAUUCCUUUGGGCAUCGGGAUCGGCAUGGGCAUCGAGAGCGCCCAGAACGUGGCCAGCAGCGUGGCUUCUGUGCUCUUACAGGGCAUUGCCGCGGGAACUUUCUUGUUCGUCACCUUCUUUGAGAUCCUGGCAAAGGAACUGGAAGAUAAGAACGAUCGCCUGCUGAAGGUCCUCUUCCUGGUCUUGGGCUACACAGCCUUGGCUUUGCUCGUCUUUUUCAAGUGGUGAAGGCUGGAGUGAUGGACAGUAAACCCUGACUCCUCCCCGUUGUAAAUGGUGCCGAGAACAAGACCCCUUUCCAGCCAAGCAGGGACGCUGAGGAACACCACAGUCUGGGGGGUGUUUCCGCAUCGACUUGGCAAAGGGAGAAUUGUUCCCUAAGGGUUCACAGAAAAUAAGAUUGGGGAGUGUCCAAAAAGAGGUUUCGUGAGGCAUUGUAGCAGUGGGUUGGAGAGUUGAUGCAGAGAUUACUGGAGAUCAUGGUGAAGUAGUUAGUUGUAACGUUGCCUCCGAAGGGACCUUGUCAGCUGUGCGUUCUGCUAUUUGUCUAGAGAUCCCACUCCCCAGCACAGGAUAACCUGCCUUUAUAUCAUGUGUCUCCUGCCUUCAGUCUCUGGGCUCCAAGGAGGUGAAAAGUAAUGGAGAAAUCGAACUGAAAGGAGGCUGGGAUAAUGGCUCAUAAGACAGCACUAAGCUGCUUGUAACAGUUUAGUUUUGAGUAGAAACCUGGCUAGUGUUAUUACCUGCCAAAAAUAUCAACUGUUCUGGGACACAACAAAUGUCUUUUAGGUGGGAUUCGGGCCAGGAUCCUCUGCUGGCAGAGCUUCCAUUAACCCACAGAAAGUCCAUUGGGUCGGUAUUGUUCCUGAGAGAUUAAUCAAAGAAACAGGCCAGAGUCCUUUUUACCCCCAUGUGUCAUGUUCCAUCACCGUUGUCUGGCCCUUCAUUGCACAGUCACUGAUGUGAAUCUCUGGGAGUUUGGGUAAUGAUCACUUUGAAAAAUUUAGCGUUAAAAUCCAAAAUCCUUUCCAAAGCCUCCAGGGAGCUCUGGCAGCAUGGUCUUGAAUUUGUACAAAUGGAUGUUUGCAAUUUCCAGAAUCCAUAGUUAGGUCAUUUCAAUUGACUGAGGUGGAUUUUGCUUGGGUUUUUUUUUUUUUUUUUUUUUUGGCGGGGGGGUCACCCCUGGAUGGAUCUGAAAUGACUCUCCCAAAGCCAUGUCUUCUUUGUGCUAACGUGUUUGCUUCUCUCUUAUAACGGCACAUCUGUCCCAUAUGGUGACUGAUGAGGACCAACUGAUGAUGUCUGGCAACCAAUAUUUUAAUCGCUACAGAGCACCGGAGUUAAUUAAUCUUACUUGGAAGAAAUGGGGAGGGGCUAAUUUUAGGCCUCACAUGACCCCGGUUAGCAAGGGCCAAUUAAAAUACAGUUUGGUUUGAUGUGCCAAUUUGGUUCCCAAAUACAGAAUUGCGGGCAGGUGGCAGAGCAAACUUUCUCUCUGUUUUCUCUCUCGUAGCUAGCCACCACAUGGAGGUUUGGCUCCAGCGCUGCAGUCACAUUCAUUGUGCUUGCCCUUCAUUCUGGCCUCUUCAGGGCUUUGAUGGCGAGACAGGCAUAGUGUCCAUAAUGGCUUGGCUGUUUCUCCGUGUAAAAACAUUCAGUUAGAUGUGCAAACUACACAACGGCAGUAGGGAGUAUACUUGGGGGUCUUUGAUGCCGUGAGAUAGGAUAGAUUGUAUUCUUUCCUGCUCUCCCACGCCACCUUAGUAUCCAGGAAUCUAUCAGUUUGGUUUGGAUCUUGAAUCGUCCUCACCACUGGAGUGACUGAGACCUGGGGGAUGAGUCUUGAAGUUCUGAGUUCAAUUGUGACUCUGCCACAGAAGCCCCGAGUGACCUUGGGUAGGUCUUUCUCCCGCUGUAAAAAGGGGCUGAUGAUAUUUAUCCUGCCUCCUGGGGGUGUUGUGAGAAUUAGCCAGUUAAUGUCCCAGCUAUGGAAGUGCUGAGUAUUAUCACUAAAAAGGGUUGCGUGUGCAGUGAGAAUGGACCCCAACGUGUUUGACGUGGGCGUUAAUGUGAAACAAGGGAGGCCACGGGCAGUUCACAAGGGGCUGGUUUUCUGUGGUUCAUUUUGUAAAUCAAAGGUGGGAUGAGUAUUGCUGCUGCUCGAAAGGUGGUCUGCGUCUGGCGGCAGACCCUUUUGUCCUGCACAGGCUCCAUCCUGCAGGUAGGCGGCCAGAUUUGAGCCCCUCGCAGACAGUGGACGUGGGCGGCGUCUGAGUCCCAGGGUUUUCACUUGCCCAUUUGUUCAAGACCAUUUUGUUUUCCUCCACUUCCACAUUCAGGAUCCUCCCCCGUCCUCCAACCCUUAGGUGGCCAGGCAGGGCUGAUAUUACAGUGUGGGAGCGGCAGCCUCUAUCAGACUGUCACAUGUACAGACCUGUCAGUUCUCUUAUGCGCUCACUGUGACUGGGGCUGUGUAUUUUGGGGUGACGUGACCUGGAGAAGCGAGGUGCAGAAGAGUUGGAUCUCCCUUCUGUCAUCAGAGGAGCCAAAAUCCCAAGGUGGUAUCCAGAUUUGCAUUUCUCCUAUGGCAAACCACAACCACGGGCAAUGGCUUCCUUUUUAGUGGAGCUCCCACACACCUGCCAGCACUUGUCGGAGCACCUCGUAUUUGCUGAACGUUAAUCAGAGCAAGGUAGGAGGUGAAGUGCCUCCCUGUGAGUGAUCCUCAGCCUGAAGGAUGCUCUCAAGCUAAAGCAAUAGCCAAGGCUUAUCCCAGCAAAGCUCCAGUGAAUUGCAGGAACGUGCCUACCCCAGUCCAAACCAGGGAUAGAUUCCCUGGCCCAGAAAGAUGCA